AUGUUCUUCUUCCGCCCAUAUGCAGCGCAGUCUCCAGCUGCACCAAAGCCGCCAAAGGCAAGCGGCGACUUCCGUUGCGGCGCAUAUGUGUGGCCGCUCGAUGUUAGAUUUCGCGUGAAAACCCCGUUGGGGCAUCGGCCGGAAGUUUCCAGUGGCGAUUUCCGGCAGGAUCACUAUCUGCAGCCGACAACACCGGGCCGAUGGACAUGCUCUUGCGGCAGUCAAAAUCGCGACGAGGUCGACUACUGUCGAAAUUGUGGUGGUCCGUCUCCAGCCCAGCGCUCUCGUGAUGCGGAAGCCCGCCGUCGCCAGGAGGAAGCUGUACAAAAGGCACAGCAGAAGCGUGAGGAGCGCGCAAAUGCCGGCCAGCUGACCUUCGAGGACGUGCUGCAUGCCCACUCCACGGGCUUCAAAGACGGGCACUUUCCCAAUGGCUUGGAGGAGUGCCCCAUGCAUGCAAGAAGGGUGGACGUGGAAGCCUGCAAGGCGCUGCUACGCCAAGCGGCUCUGACAGCUGGACAAGAGCUGCACGUUUUUGCAGCUUCGAGCAGGGAACGGCCGUCGUGCCCUCCCGAAGCCGUGCCUGAGACCGUGAAGAGUCGGCUCAGGGCAAUUCUUGAAUGCGAUCUUACGGUGGCACCACGCCACAGCAACUCCGAGCUGCACAAUGAGCAAGCCAGCAGCCUGUCGCUCGAUCCGGACGACUCUGCAGUGCGGCUGGCACGGGAAGCCUUCAACCAGCUGCAGGACAGCGGCGACUCAGAAGGUCAGGCAGCUGCGCUGCAUGUCCUGGCCAAGGCGCAUCUGGCCCGAAGCAGCUUCGCCGAGGCCAUGCAAGCGGCCGAGGAAGCGCUGCAGCGCUUCGAGGCGCUGGGACACGCAGCAGGCCAUGCUGCCACACUGAACGUUCUAGCCCAGUCGCUUCUCCGAGAGGAUCCCGAGGCUGCUCUGAAGCACGCCACUGCGGGUCGUGAUGCCUUUCGGCGCCUCGGGGACUCGAGGCGGGCCUCCAUGCUGGAGCGCACUGCUGUUGGUGCUUCCUUGGCCUGUGGUGACACCGCACGCGCGUUAAAAGAUGCAGAGGCGUCGGUAGCUAGUUGUCGCCGAGAUGCCGGAGACCGCCGUGAUGAGGCGGCUGCCCUGGCUCUCCUUGCAGAGGUUCGCCACGCCAGGGAAGAGUUCCAUCUCGUGGUCCCCGUGGCUUCAGACGCGGCAGAAAUCUUUGCCAGAUGUGGGGACCAGAGGAAUCAGGCAGCUGCCCUACAUUCGGCUGCCUCCGCUGCCUUGGCUGCAGAUCGUGCCACGGAUGCCAGACGUCUGGCAGCACAGGCGCAGGACGUGCUACGAUCGCUGUCAGACCGGGCACGUGAGGUUUCAGCUCGAGGCAUCGUAGUUCAAGCAGAGGUCGCUUUGGGCAACUCCGAGAAGGCUUUGGAAAUCGCAUCCGAGGGCCUCGUGGCGAUGCAGCAGCAGGGAGACCAUUUGUCCCUCGCAGAGGCACACAGGCACAUCGCAGCUGCCCAGCUUGCCUCAAGCCUGCACGAGGAGGCUCGCCAGUCGGCCAUGGCAGCGCGAAACUGCUCCGAACGGUUGCUGGGCACCAGGAAGUGGGAGUGCAAGGCUGAUGCCCUCGAGAUGUUGGCUGAGAUCUGCCGCCAGACCAAAGACUUCCAGGCCAUGACGCAAGCCGCCGAGGAGCUUGCGCAGUGCUGCCGUGAAGCUGCGUGGCCUCGGCGUGAGGCGCUGGCACUGCGCACUGUUACACGUGGCCAGUUGGCUUUGCGCAAGCCGCGCAGCGCGCUGGAGGCAGCAGGGCGGGCCAUGACUCUGUUCCGCGAGACCGGAAACAGUUCAGCAGCCGAUGAGAUGCGACUUCUGUUCGCGAGGGCCACGGAGCUUCGAAAUAACAUGCGCGAUGCAGCUCGCAAUGCCAGACAGGCAUGGCUUCUCUUCCGCGAAAGAGGUGACCCGAGCCUGCUGUUCCAGGCGGCCAAGAAUUGCCACGACGCUCACCACAUGUUCGACGAUGAGAAUGUUCUCAUUCUGGAGAAGGUCAGCGCUGCGGCGAAGGCAGAGAAGGGCAGGUGGUCUUAUGAAGAGCUGAAAACAAGUGUGUCAUCUUUCAUGAGACCCGCCGAGCAAGCACGGCAUGUUCUUGCUCUCAGCAACUGUUUGAAUAUCAAGUCCUCCUUCGGUGGCCUUUACGUCUCCAAGCACUCGCCGAUCAUGUCUCCUCCUGAGAUUGCCACCAUUGCUGAGAAGGAGUCCGGCGCUGCCUUCGAGGUGCAGAUCAAGAGCCCCGGUUCCGACAAGUUGAAGACUGCCGCACGUCUCCGCUUGGAAUCUUACGAGAAGAAGCCAACCACACAACUGCCGACGCUUCUGGGUGCCCGCAACCCUGUUCCUCUGCUCAAAGAGCAGCGCGCCGACAAGGCUCGCCAAGCCAACGAGCAAAAGAAGGAAGCGGCUCAGCGCGUCCGUGAUGAGUUCAAGACAUCGGCUGAAGCAAGGCAGAAGACCCUCGAGCAGCAGCUGGAAAAAGCCGGAGAGAACCGUGAAGGUGCCCUUGCGACCAUCAAGAAGAAAGCGGCGCAGCACAUCGAGAAGGUGAUCGAGGUCAAGGACACGUCAAAGCAGAAAGGCGAGAUGACUGCGGAGGAGGCCCGCGAGCGCUUACAGCAGGCUCUGCUGAAGAAGUCUGACCUCCGCGGUGAGAAGAUGAAGGAGAUUUCGGCCAAGGCUACCAAGCACAAUGAGGCUGUGGCAGACAAGGCCGCGCAUGCCGCAGUUUCAGGAGUACAGUGA